UUCAUUAAAAAUACUGUUAAAACUGUCUUUUUCUUGACAAAUCCAUUUUAUUUCUAAAUAAAUGUUAACAUAUCGAAAUAUUUAUGAAACGAAAUAGCUGAACAGUAAGUUAGAACAAUGGCUUUUCAUGCCCAAAGAAAAUCAUGCAUGAGAACUCGCGCGCGCGCGCAAGUCAAUCAUCCUUCGCCUUUUGUGAACGUCAGAAAUUCCUCUCGUCAGUGCAGCCAUCCGUCAGGCUUCCCCUUCGGUGUUAAUACGCCGUAGCAUCCCUCAGAAAAGGUCGUGCACUUUCGCCUUUCCCCAUGAUAAACAACCAAAAAAGUCUCUUGGGUGUGCCGUGGCAGCAGUCAUUGUUUCCCAACCUCCCCACGAGGACGGAGACGAGGCGCGGACGCAGCUUGAAAUCGUAGCCUUUUAUUGUUGACAGUUAGUAGGAUGUCUAGUUCACACGUGUUUGGGCGACUGUAGGCGCGGGAUUAAAAAAUGACACUGCAACCGCGCGAGAAUAUUUCGCCAGUUAAAUGCUGACACGAGACGAUCUCGCGCAAGACGCGCCGAAAACGAAUUCAGCGGAGAGUGAGCAUCGGCAGUGAUUUCUUCGUGAUGACUGAAUUUCUCCAGCUGAAUUUAUGAACAGAACGACAGACUGCAAGCGAACCUUAACAGCACUCGCAAUACGUGGUAAAACAGCGUUUGUUACCGAGCAGUAUGUUAAAACUGGACGGUUUCAGUCACGCUCUGAGGUCUCGUGAAGUCUUCUACGGUGACCAGGCGGAGGCGAGACCGAUAACGGAGGACUUGGGCAGCUAUUAAAAUUCUAGGACCUUCCGUCAUUUGACCGGGCAUCCUUCUCCUUAAAAUAAUCAUCACAGACUCGCAAAGCGAGUCUGUGAGCUGUGCAGUGUGGGACGCUGUCUGCCCCGUUGUCAUCAGACGUCAUGAGCUGGAGCUUCCUGACACGUCUGCUGGAGGAGAUCCAGCACCACUCCACAUCGGUGGGGAAACUCUGGCUCACUGCGCUAGUUGUCUUCCGCAUCGUACUGACUGCAGUGGGUGGCGAAUCCAUAUACUAUGAUGAGCAGAGUAAGUUUGUCUGCAACUCAGGCCAGCCAGGAUGUGAGAACGUCUGCUACGAUGCCUUCGCGCCACUCUCGCACGUGCGAUUCUGGGUCUUUCAGAUCAUCCUGUCCGCCAUGCCCUCUCUGCUCUAUAUGGGCUACGCGGCCAAUAAGAUCUCCCACAACGAGGAAUUGCGGGGCGGCACGGGGGCCGUGGCUCCAGCUGCAAGUGACUCAGCAGGGGGCGGAUACACUCAGCGCAGACCGAGAAAGAUGUACUUUGGUGCACGGCAGCACCGGCCAGGACAUGAGGAUGGGGAAGAGGAACGCGAGGACGACCCCAUGAUCUACGAAGUGCCUGAGAUAGACAACACACGUCGUGAGUUGGUGCCACCGCGACCCAAACCCAAAGUGCGCCAUGAUGGACGCCGGCGUAUACGAGACGAUGGUCUGAUGCGAGUGUAUGUGCUACAGCUGCUGACGCGCUCCGCAUUGGAGGCGGGUUUUCUGGCGGGACAGUACCUGUUGUACGGCUUUCGUGUGGAACCAAUCUUUGUGUGCUCGGAUAAACCCUGCCCACACCAUGUGGACUGCUUCAUAUCACGCCCCACCGAAAAGACCAUCUUCCUCCGAAUCAUGUACGGUGUCAGCUGCCUUUGCCUGCUGCUAAACCUAUGGGAAAUGAUUCACCUUGGAGUGGGAACUCUCCGUGACGCACUGCGCAAACGAAACGAAUCAACCACCGAUGAUGAGUACCAGCUCGGCUUGCUUGCGGGAGGGGGUGUGUCUGUCGGAGUAGGUGGGCCUUCACUCAGCGAGGGGGAACCAGGAGGCGGAGUUGUGGGCAGCGUACGAGAAGCAGACUAUGUUGGUUAUCCCUUCUCCUGGAACACCCCUUCUGCGCCACCAGGUUACAACAUUGUGGUGAAGCCCGAGACAAUGCCGUACACAGACCUGAGCAAUGCCAAGAUGGCGUGCAAGCAGAACCGUGCCAACAUUGCACAGGAGGAGCAGCAGCAGUACGGCUCCAAUGAGGAUAACUUCCCAUCUGCAGGUGAGGCGAGACCGCCUCCCAUCAACAAAGAUGUGAUACAGUUAGAGGCAGCGAUUCAAGCCUAUACCUUGCAGCACCAUGCUAGCAAUAACCACGAUGAGAUAAACCACACCAAUGACAUAGACGAGAAGCCUCAGAGUAACAUCACCACAGCACCACAGAAGGAGCGAAAGCAAUGGUCCAAACAUGGAAAAUCUGGGAGCGCUGGAAGCAGCAGCAGCAGCAGCAGCAAGUCAGGAGAAGGAAAACCAUCUGUCUGGAUCUGACAUUUGCACACACACCUGACCUUACACUGAGUGGUGCACACUAUCAUCCAAUUCUGCAAGUUUUUUUUAGACAAAAAAUGUCCUGUGCAUCCCACAGAUUACAAAGACUGCACAUAAACGAUUGGAAAAAUCCUGUAUAUCUUUUUGAAGUGCUUUCAGUGCCUUAAAAAAACUCCAAGAAUGAGAUGGAUUUUUUUCUUACCAUUUUUUGAUCUUCCUGAAAUAAUCUUGUGCACUCAAGAUUAUGUUGAGCUCUGAGAACAUUCCCUCAUAAUCCAGAAAAUACCCAUCCGUUUUCAAAGUUGGAACUAUUCAGUGAGUUGAGAAAGUCUUCCUAUCGGAUUCUUCUGGGAGAGUGAUGACACUACAAUCCGAUUCCAAACCAGCUGUCUUCCUUUUUCAAGUGUUAAACAAUAACUUUUGCAUCACAAUGCCAAGCUAUAACAAUGCAAUAAUACACCAGUGCUGUGGUGGUACACUAUGGUCUUCCAGACCCAGCAAACAGUCGCAUGAAAUAAGCUGUAAAUCUACAUUUACAAACACACAAACACAUCUAGUGCAAUUUUUUUUCAUAGCUAUGGGUGUUUGAGGAAGCAGUACAGUGUCUUUCAGUUGUAGAGAUUCUCAUAGUUUUGAGAUCUCUGUAGUAUUUCUAGCCACCAAGACUUAGGAUAUUGCGUUGAUGGAUCCACUUCCUACUCUGUUCUUGUACUAUCCCCUGCUGGUGAAGAAAGCAUCUGCAGUCUAGUCUUAUCAGCCAUAUAAAUAUGUACAGGGUUCCCACGGUCCUGGAAAUAACAUGGAGUUUUAAAAGUGUGAUUUCCAGACCUGAAAAAAGAGGAAAUUAAUAACAAAUAAAAAUAAAAAACGAAAGUAAAUAAAUUUCAGUGCUCACUUUUCUUGCUUAUUUCUUUAGAUAGAAAUUACUCUUUGUGAGUUCAGUCGUUAUGAAAUUAUAAAAAACUUUAUCCAGUAAUUGAAUGAUGAAUCAGUAAGUUAAGAGGAAAAUCAUGGAAAUUCAUUGCUCAUACAGUGUGGGAAUCCUGUAUUUUUAGGUGCAUGUGACUGAAUUGUCACUGUGUAUAGUUGCUGUUGCUCUAGUGAACAUGUAUUUAUGGGAACAUCCUCUGGUUCUAACAGACUUGAUAAAGCCAAACCAAGUAGCAGGUCUAACUUGGUUCAAAUGGAGGUCGAGUUUUUAACAGUGACACUCUUCAGAUCAUGCAAUGUAGAUAUCUAAGUUACACACAAACAGCUUCACACACACUGUUUCAUACACACUGUGUGAAAAGUCUUCCAUUCUCUCUUACUGCCACAUUCCAACUUGUGAGACGUUUGCCUUUAUGUAGGAUGUUUCAAUUUGUGACAAUUGCCAUGGGAGACCAAAUACUGUUUGUCACAAAGACAUCGAGCUACUAUGCAGUCAUGCGGACUGAGGAAAACACGCCAUAGAACACCAUUGUGUGUGCCUGCGUGUGUGCGCUUGCGUGUAGCUGAGGACGAGGCAGCGGAGGAAUGAUUGCAUGAGUGCAUGUGACUAAUAUUUGAUUAAUGAAUUAAAGAAAAGAAAAAACCCUUUACAUAUCAGCAUUUCAGCAGCAUUUAUUGACGCUGAAGAUUGUGGCAUUAGAUUUGUGGUUUCUAAACGAGACUUGACUUGUUUGUAUUUUUAAACAUCAGUUUGGUUUCUUUUUUAUUAGCUUUUUUAAGACAUGGAAUUCUAUUCAACAGUGCCCAUAUGAUUUACGACAAAAUAGGUUUUGUAGGAUUUUUUUAUCAUUUUGUUGCCUUUAAAAGUAGCAAAACAAACUAUGUGAUGUAGUCAACCAGUUCAAAUACAUUUCCCAGUGUGUUUUUUUUCAUAGUCAUAAUCGAAUACGAUUUUGCAUGGGAGGGAAAAUAGGAAUGUUUUUUGGGGAAUUUCCAAGGCGCUCUUUCCAAUGGAAAACUCUAAACAAAAAGGAUUCUGCUAUGUGACUACUUUGACCUUUUCUGUGUGGAUGUGUGUUGGAGUUUGUAACAGCUGUAUAUCGGAGCACUCCAGAUGGAGUGAGUAUAAGAGACCCCUCUGCUCCACAUCUGAGCACCACUGCGUGUGUUUACAUUUAUUGUGCGAGCGUUUGCGGAGUUGGGGUUAGCCGAGGCGAUCCUCAAGAAAAACCUCUCUUGUACUUUUGUCAGCUGUCUGAGAAAGAAACUGAAGAAGUAAGCUACUUUACUUCAGAGUUUGACACAGCUUUGAAAGCAAGUCUUCUCAGCAAGCCACAGUGAAGUCUGAUGGCACUCUUACUGACGGGCGUUUGUGAAUGUUUAAGCAUGCGUUUCUAUUUAUUGCCCUUUCCUGGUUAUCAUCAGGCCACUUUAAAUGUGUUUAAUAUGACCUUUGUUUGUCCUGACUGGUAUGUGUUUCUAUAAAUGUUUUCACUGUGUUUGAAAAUGAGGGAGAACAUUUUUUUUUUAAUGUGCCAAGCUGGAUUGUCCAGCGAUGUACAGUUAUUUCCAAUUUUGGAGAACCCUCUCUUUGGAUUUGGAAAUGCAUGUUCAGAGCUAUUUUGUUAAUAAAAUGAAAUAAAUGGGAAUGCUGUGUGUCUAAGAGAGAAUAUGAAUAUUUGGCAUUUAAAGGCACCUGUGUCAACUGUUUCUUUGUUCAUCAAAGGAAAGAUUUUUAUGUUUUGUGAAGGAGUCAGCCUGUUUUUGACAGAUGUGUUUGCCACGUUUGUUGCUCUAACUCAUGUCCAAAACAUCAACUGUUUCUUGGAAUUGGUCUGAGCAGGUUUACUCUCAGAAUGCAUUCCAUAAGGCAUCAGAUUGGCUCAUGAACUAUAAACAGACCAAGAGAGAAAAAAAAAACAAUAGUGUAAAAUGUUAUUCCCAAUGGGAAUGUCUUUCCCUUAAAAGGGUGUAACACAGAUGCAGAAAAAAUGGAUCGCUGGGCCAACAUGAGCAGAAUCCCCCGAGUGUGUAUAGAACAGCUUGCAGAACGUUUCAAAAUGUAUCCAUUCUCUAAACCGCUUAUCCUCUGUAAGGUCGCAGAAUUGACAGCAAAUUGAAAUCACAGAGAAAAGAGCACAAGGCUCAGGAUGAGAGCUAAUAUUGGAAAAAGGAAGAAGGUGGGAGACGGUAUCGCACCUUUGUUCAAACAGAUAUAUGUUUCAUAGUUGUAGACAAGGGGCUCCCAACCACAUUCCUUGUCAGACAAAGGAGAGCUGCAAAAUGUGCAGUGUUGGGGGGUGCUCCAGGGAUGUGGCUGGGAACCACUGUUGUAGACAGUCAUAACAGCAAGUAUCUGCUUGAUUUGGCCAAAGCAUCGUUUAUACAUAAAUUUGAUGUUUAGUUUUGUGAUAUUUACACACAAGAUUUAAUUCAAGGAAUUAUUUUGGCAUAUUUAGCAACACUUCCCAUACAGUGAGCUGACUUAAAAUUAAAAUUUACUCGCCUAUUCGCCUUUCUUGUAUUUCAGGGUGAGUAAAUGAUGACAAUUUCCAUUUUUGGGUGAACUGUCACUUUAAGGGGUCAGGACACAGAUCCAAAUAUAAUAGGGAUGGUUGACCUCAAGAUAUCUUUCUUCUGUGGAACACAGAAUUUAUAUUUAUAUUUAACAAUUUUAAAAAGUUUUGACCAUAUAGUUAAGGUCAAUGGGGUCCAGUGCUCUGUUGACCCUAUGACUUUCAUUAUAAGGACAACAGCUCUUCUUUUGUGUUCUACAGAAUAAACAAAGUCAUACAGGU